ACAAAGGACCAGGUUGCCAUCCUUAGCCCGUCACUUCACCCCGAGUAGCCCAACCGCAUAGUGUGUCUUGCAAGCAACGAAAACUUCAACUUCUCCCUAUCGAUCUCUCCACUUCAAAAGUCUUUUUAAAAAUCCUCAUUAGUUCAAGAAACGAUCGCACGCACACACACCCUUUUCAUGGCUUCUCUAGUGUUUUCCUUCCAAAACCCUAAGGCCACUCACUCCUCCAUCGAUGAAACCCUAACGCUCAAGCGCACUCACCACCACAGCAAUCUCAACCUCAAAACCCACCACAUGCUUCUCAAGAACCAACCCUUUUCGCCUAGAACGAUGGCGGCAACACCAAAGAACUCGAGAGCACUCUUCAGAUGCUCCUCUUCUCCUUCUUCAACCACCAUCAAUAUACACGAGCUCGACGAGACUCAAGAAACCCUAGACGUUCACCACGAGGAUGACCGGCCGCUAAGCCAAGUUUGGCGAGAAAUACAGGGCUGCAACCACUGGGAGGGACUGUUAGACCCCAUGAACUCCCACGUACGGCAAGAGAUCAUCCGCUACGGCGAGUUCGCUCAGGCGUGCUACGACUCUUUCGACUUCGACCCCAACUCCAAAUACUGCGGGACCUGCAAGUAUCAAGGUUCUCAGUUCUUCGAGAAGCUCGGCAUGAACCACUUUGGCUAUCAGAUUAGCCGGUACCUGUACGCCACGUCGAACAUCAACCUGCCUAACUUCUUCCAGCACUCGAGGCUGAGCAAGGUAUGGAGCACGUACGCCAACUGGAUGGGGUACAUCGCCGUCACCACCGACGAGGAAGAGAUCCGGCGUCUCGGUAGGCGUGAUAUCGUCAUCGCAUGGCGGGGCACGGUGACCUACCUUGAGUGGAUCUACGACCUCAAGGACAUCCUCCACCCGGCCCAUUUCAAAGACGAUCCCACCAUCAAGAUUGAGGCCGGGUUCUAUGACUUGUACACCAAGAAAGAGAAGAGCUGUCAUUUCUGCUCCUUCUCCGCUCGUGAACAGAUCCUAGCGGAAGUCAAAAGGCUCCUGGAUUACUAUCGAGACGAGGAAAUUAGCAUCACUAUCACAGGCCAUAGCCUCGGGGCCGCCCUGGCAAUAAUAAGCGCCUACGACAUCGCUGAGAUGGGCGUCAACGUGGUCAAUGACGGCGGCGAGAUGAAGAAAGUACCGAUCACGGUGUAUUCCUUCGCGGGGCCUCGGGUCGGGAAUCUCAAGUUCAAGGAGCGGUGCGACGAGCUCGGGGUCAAGGUCCUUAGGCUUACUAACGUGCACGACAUGGUGCCGACUGUGCCCGGGAUCAUUGCGAAUGAGAAGAUGCAAUUCCAAAAGUACUUGGAGGAGACCUUAUCAUUCCCAUGGAGUUAUGCACACGUCGGUACCGAGCUCGCGUUGGAUCAGACGCACUCGCCGUUCUUGAAGUCGACGAACGAUCCGAGUUGCGCACACAACCUCGAGGCUCUCCUUCACUUGGUGGAUGGUUAUCACGGCGAGGGGCGUCGAUUCAAGCUGGUCACCAGGAGGGACAUUGCCCUGGUGAACAAGAGCUGCGACUUCUUGAAGGGCGAGUACGGCGUCCCGCCGUGCUGGCGGCAGGACGAGAACAAAGGGAUGGUGCGGAGCAGCGACGGCCGGUGGGUGGUGCCGGAGCGACUGGUGGAUGCCCACCGGUCCGACACCGCGCACCACCUGGCGCAGGUGUUGGGGGUCGCGAACCUUCCGUUGGAAGCCGCCUGAUGAUGCUUGGUUUGGCCCAUGAUUCCUUGGUGACUGCUAACAAACCAAGGGGGUCGCGUCAAUGUCACGUUGUGUCCAUAUACAGACAUGCAGUUUAUGUAAUAUAUAUAUAUUUGGUAAAUUUUUCAGUACCGCCAUUUACAUACGAUCGGAAGGCAAAUUAUUGAGCCCCGUUUCUUUCAGGUGGUUUGGACACCCGCCAGGAAAAAUGAAUGUACACUCCAUCAUCAACAAAGGAUAAUCUGUUAAACAA